CUCAGGGAAAGCGGCCGCAGCGCGUCCUCUCCGCGCCGCCGUCUCCCGCCUCGGGCUGCUUUUCUUUCCCCUCCUUUGGCUCGUCCCUUCCCCGCCCACCCGGCGGGAAAGACCCUGGCGGCUCCCUCUUGACUGGCUGCAGUAGCCGCCGCCGACGCUCAGAGGCUGCUGGUGCUUCUGGCUCUGGCAAAGCUGCGCUGGGCACGAGAGACCCCCGCACGGGACCCCCCUCCCCCUUCCUUUCAAAAGGGAUUGUUCAGAUUGGAUUGAGUCAGCCCAGAGUCGCGAGCGGCGGAUCACUUGAAGGAGGUACAAGAAGGCUGACUUGCAAGGAUGCGGGGCUCUAUUCUUGCCUAAACAAAUCAAGAGAGAGUUGCUUACUGAGGAUCAACUGCCAUGCCUGGUUUCUUCUGAAGUUGCCAUCCUUGACAAACUUACCUGCGGAAAAACAGAGUGAUGAUGGGUCGUGUUCUGCUCUUACUACUAUUUUCCACUCCUAUCUUGAGCCUCAUUAAUGGAAUAAAUGUAGAACAAGAUUUCAGCUGGCAGUUAACAAAAGUACCACGGAUUAUAAAAGAGAAGACUUUGUCCCUUGAGAGCCCAAAAUUUGAAGCCAGUGCCAAAUUAGAGCUGAGCGGAGUAUGUGGGAUUGAGUGCCAGCGGAGUCUCCCAGGGCCACAUUUGUCUGAUCUUAAUGAGUUGCUGUCCUAUGAGACGGUCUUUGAGAACGGCACACGGACGCUGACGGAAGUGAACAUCCUCAUGGGGGCAGAACUUGACCCAGUUGCAAAUGCCACCACAAAGGUAUUAUCAAGACAAAAGAGGCAGGUCUAUGGCACCGACAGCCGAUUCAGUAUUUCGGACACACGUUUCCUGACCAACUUCCCUUUCAAUACAGCCGUGAAGAUAUCCACAGGCUGCAGUGGCAUUCUGAUUUCCCCAAAGCAUGUGCUGACUGCUGCUCACUGCGUGCAUGAUGGUAAUGACUACAUCAAAGGCAGCAAAAAGCUGAGAGUCGGGUUGCUGAGGCUGAAAUCCAAAGGCAGUGGCAAGAAACGCAGGGGUGCCGGAAGAAGUAAAAGGGAGGAAUUGGAUCUUCAUACAGAUACCAGACAGCAGAAGAGGGGAGUCAGCAGUAGAGCUGGCAGAAGGCAGAAAGCCUCUGGGUUGAGUGAGAAGAAAUCAGAGCGUAAGCCCUCCUUCCAGUGGACAAGAGUAAAAAGUACACAGAUCCCCAAGGGCUGGCUGAGAGGUGUGACAGGGGAUGUUGCAGUAGAUUAUGAUUAUGCAGUGCUGGAGCUCAAGCGCCCCCACAAGAAGAAAUACAUGGAUCUGGGCAUCAGUCCAAACAGCAAGAUGAUGCCUGGAAGCAUGAUCCACUUUUCUGGAUUUGAUGCUGACCGAUCUGGCCAAUUGGUCUAUCGAUUUUGUAGUGUGUCCGACGAAUCCAGUGAUCUCUUCUACCAGCACUGUGAUGCCGAGUCUGGCUCUACAGGAUCUGGAAUCUACCUCCGCCUUAAAGAAGGAGACAAAAAGAAAUGGAAGCGCAAAAUCAUCGCCAUUUACUCUGGUCAUCAGUGGGUGGAUAUCAACGGAGAGCAGCAGGAUUACAAUGUGGCAGUUCGAAUCACUCCCCUCAAAUAUGCUCAGAUUUGCCUCUGGAUACACGGGACUGACGAGAACUGUGCCCAAGGCUGAUGGGAACUAACACGUUUCCUUAAUUGUGUGGUGGAGUGAGGACCUGCAACAAUAAUUUUUGAACAUACACUGAGCUAGGUCUGAUUUAAAUUGAACUUGAAACCAGCAGUUACCUUCUGAUAUAAUGAAGAGUCAAAAACAAUAAUACAGCAUUUAGUAGUAAUUUUCGACUGGGUUAAAUAGAAAUGACGUGCACUUAAUUGUAUUACAGUAUUUAUUGUUUUAUUUUUGUGGUAAAUGUUAAAAAAAACUAAUGGCUCCUUAUGUUUGCCUGCAUUUUUAAAGAGAAGCAUCUUCUCUUAUAACUGGUACUAUUAAGUUAUGUUUUGUUUUCCAUUUUACUUACUUUUCUCAGGGUUCUGCUUCAAGAAGUGUUUUUCUAUGAUGCAAGUUGCAUGCUUAUAAGUGUAUCAUAUCUGCAGGACAAUCCAAAUAGUGCUGCACCAAGAAAAGACAACUUGACAUAAUAGCAAACCCUAAUUUGACUGGGGGAUCCUUGGCUCAUAUGCUCAGCCCCCUGCCCCCGCAGAGAGAUCUAAUGAAAAACUCCUUUCAUGAUAAACCACAGGUUUCAUUACUUCCAAACCAGAAGCUAUAGUUCAUGCUUUCCUCUAAAAACCAGAAUUCCAAACCAGGAUUACACUUGGUUUGCCAUUAUGUGAAGCAUGUCAGUAUCUCUUCAUGCUGAAAAUGCUUUGGGUAAGGGAGCUUAGAUGAGGUCAUUUAUAAAACCCACAAAUUCUAUUGCAUUGCAUUCUAAACAGCAGUGGAGCUUAAUGAAUGUAGCAUGUCCUCUAUUUGGAAAAAAAGGAAGAACCAUAUGAGUAUUAUGUAAUGGCUGUAAGUCUAGUUUGAGAAGGUAAGCAAAACCAGGGGAUAUUAUAUGUGUAUUUGUUUAAUUAGUCACUAUUCUUAAUAGAUCUCUGCCUUUCUAAUUGCAGUCACGGUACUUUUGUCAAGAGACAAGGGUGACGACUGAUAUGUUAUAGUUUAAAAACCACAGAGCAUACCAGUCUUUUUAAUUUGAGGGGAACAUGAGAACUAGGAGAUCAGAGUUGGCCCAUCUCAGAGCUCCAUGUGCAAUUUUGCAGGAUGGCUGCCCCAUUCAGAUCCAUAGAGAAGACAGUUCUCUUCUCUUGAAAGGAAGUGCUGAAGUAGGUAUGGAAGCUUUUACAACUAGGAGACCAAAUUCACUGGAUAAGGUGAUACAAGCCAAUAACCUAACGCCCUCAGAUGAAUGCAUGGAAUAGUGUGAAUCCUUAAAUCUCAUUACAAAAAGGUCAAAUCAGAAAGAUCUAACGUUGCUAAAUCAAUGCAGUACUACAGUGCAAUACAACUACAUUACAAUACAAAUAGAUAUGUUGUUAUAUGCAACACAAGAAGGUUGGGAUCACUACAAAGUCUAAAGCUCAGCUUCAAUAAAUAUGCUUUUAAGAUAA